AUGGGAUUUGAUCUACCAUUACCACAGUUAUUGGCGAAAUCGACUGAAAAUAUUUUAAUUUCAUCUCACAUUAUUCGAAAUCAAACUUUGAAUUCAACACAUACGGAAAGCAUAACGCAAAGUAUUACACGUACUAAUUCAUUUACUUAUUCAUUUAAGGAAUCAUUAAAAUAUUUAUCGGGACUUUCAUUCACGGCUGAAAUUCCAUUUAUUUCAACCAAUAGUGGCAGUACGAUUGACAUGAGAUCAGAACUAGGCGGUGAAUCACAGCAACAGUGGAUACAAACAAAACAAGAGACUUAUUCGAUUUCAAAAACUAUUACUGUACCACCGAAUGAAUGUAUAGAAGUGAAAUCAUUUGUCAAAUGGAUUGAAAAUAUAUCGAUUCCAUUUAAAGCAAAAAUAAAAAUUUCUGGACGAUGUCAUCGACUUAAGUCAGAUAAUGGUCAAAUUGUAGAAAACCAACCAAUGGACAAAGAUUUGAUACAACAAUAUUUAAAAAUGAAUUCAUUUCAAGGACGAAUUCUUUCAUGCGCAGAAGAUAACGUUGUUAUGGCUGAAUUAGAAGGUGUGUUCACAGGAAGUUAUGGACUAGGAACAGAUACAGAACUGAAAAAUAUUUGA